UCAACGACGCGGACAUUUGUCCUGCUGGGAGCUGGGCUUAUGAAGCGGGAAAUACCUGUUUUCUUACCUUCACCGAUGAGCUGGAUUGGUGGAACGCUCGAGGUGCAUGCGCUUCUGACAGUCGUCCUGGCCAACUUGCCAAAAUCCCCGACCAAGCUACCCAAGAAUUCCUAGAAGGGAGACUCCAAGGCCAAACAACCUCUUUCUGGAUAGCAGCUUUCAAAGGGUUGAAGUGGUACUGGGAAGAAUCUGAUACAGAAAUGGAUUAUUUUUCAUGGGAUAAUGGUGAGCCAAACGGAGCAAGAGACAGCAAAGUUUGCAUACAGCUCAGUGGGUUCAACUCCCCAACCUCCGGCUUUCACAGCUAUAAUUGGAAUGACGAGGAUUGCACCAAAGUUAGCUACACAGAAGGGAACAAACAGAAUUUCUUCGUCUGUGAGUUUGAAAAUCAAUGUCCGAGCGACGGGGAGCUCGACAGUUACACUCAAACAUCGUACGGAGCCAACUGCGUCGUCUUUGUAAGACAAGCAAAGAACUGGGAUGAUUCAAAUGCCUACUGCGAGGCAAAGUCUGGAAGACUUGUCGAAGUUCAUUCAGAGGUCCAACGGGAUAUACUUGUCCAAACAGCGAAUGAUGAAAAUGUUGAUAACUUGUAUCAUAACUGGUGGAUCGGAGGGUUCCGUGAUGAUUCCAAGACGAAUAAUCACUUACUCUGGCUAGAUGGCCCUGCCGUUUCUGAGCCAUUCUGGGUUCCUGGUGAGCCGAGCGACAUUGGCGAAAAAUGCAUCAAUCUUCUUUAUUACGCCGGUAUGCCGAAUUCAGACCAUUUCCAUUGGAAUGAUGAAUUAUGUGACAGUACAAAAGGAUACUUAUGCCAGUAUUCUGGCCCACGUGGUCCAAUACAGUGUAGUGACCCAGGAGAGCCUGCGCACGGCACUUACAACACAUCUCACCCUAAUUGGCUCUUUGGAUCGUACGUCACAUUUUCAUGUGACGUAGGCUACGAGCUAGAUGGAGAAGACCGUAUAGAUUGUAGACAAAAUGGCACGUACAGUGGCCCACGUCCAGAAUGUAAAUCGGUUUCCUGCGAUUCGCCGUAUCCUACGUUGCCGAAUUCGAAUCCGUCCAACGCUUCAUCUGAAUAUCGAAGCGUUGUUGUUUACAUGUGCCAGGAGUUCUAUCAACCAGUUGGUGACGUCACGUCAGUAUGUCAGGCUGAUGGUACUUGGAGUCAACCAACAGGAACCUGUGAAGCCGAUAAUUCAACUACUCCGACCUCCAAUCCUGAGACGGACUCUCCGACCACUCUUUCUUCGGUAACGAGCGAUCCUAUGGGAACGAAUAAUCCGUCUACUGCUUCUUCGGGCACGGGCUAUCCGACCACUUUUCCUUCAGGAACAGAUGAUUCGACCACUCCUCCGGGAACGGACUUUCCUACCACUCCUCUUUCGGGAACAGACAAUCCGACCACUCCUCAUUCAGGAACGGACUAUCCUACCACUGCUCUUUCGGGAACAGACCAUUCGACCACCCCUCCUUCGGGAUCUGGCUUUCCAACCAAUCCUACUUCGGAAACGGGAAUUUCGAUAACUCCUACCGAGCGGACGGGGAACUCGACAGAUCCAUCGUUUGAAACAACACAAUUGGCAGAGGACCAGAUCACAUUGCAAUGUGGUCCUUUCAGCAUGACUGUGACCGUACCGGUGAGUCGUCUUGGAGAGGUGACGAGUGGUGAGGACCUCUAUCUCUUAAGGGAUGACAACUGCACAGGAACCAUCUCUGAAGAUACGCAUUUCAUCAGUAUCACAACAAACCUCACCGAUUGCAACAACGAAGUAACGGAAAACGAUGAAGACAUCGUGUACAGCAACACUGUGAUAUCAAGGGAGAGUAGUGGAAAAGUAAUCACACGGAUCAAAAUGGUCUCUAUACCGUUCUUCUGUUCCUACAACCGAUCCGAAGAAGUCGGACUACUGUCCUACCGGGUGACGAACUACCGGCUUAAUGUAACCGAGGACUCCACUGGACAAUACGACUUUUCACUCGAUAUCUUCAAGGACAGCGACUUCCUUGAGAAGUACGCAGACUCUGAGUACCCGGUGGACGUGGAGCUUAAUGAAGAUCUGUACUUUGGAGCGUCGGUUCCUUCUCAAGAUGGGUCCUUAGAUCUGGCUAUCAAAGGCUGUGUGGCUACACCAUCUGCGUCGUACAACGACAAACAGUGGACCAUUAUUAGAGAAGAUGGGUGUGCCUAUGAAUCAACAACUCAAAUCGAUGAUGACCGUCUUGCCUUUGUGGCUGUCACUAUGAAUACCUUCCGGUUCGUCGAGUUGGGGAAUAGGGUUUAUAUCCACUGCGAUCUGUUGGUGUGUCAAGCGACCACCGGAAGUGAUAUAUCAGAAUGUGACCCAAGUUGCAGCGAAACACUCGGAAAUCGCAAUCGCCGUGAUACCAUCAAAAAGUACAGUCUUGACAAGAAGAGGAUCACCAAAGGACCACUAAGACUGAGAAGAAAUUCUCCUUUCAAUCCACCUAAGUUUGACAACAUAGAUACCAAAGAGAAGGCAGCUCUCUAUCAGAACAUCAAUCCCUGGAUCAUAUUGACAGUUGCUAUGGCUACCAUUUGUAUCUUCGUCGUUGCCGUGUUUUUCGUCGUACUUCAUAAGAUGAGUGUCUAUGCCCGUCGCACAAUGGUUGAUGGCUCUUAUGACCAGACCCGUGAAGCACUUUUAAACUCAUGAGAAGAAAAUCUAAUGAAAAUGGAUUCAUAUAUAUAUCCGUCUGCUCUUAAAAGAAUGACAUACUAAAUAAAGAACAUUCGAAUAUUAUAAAACUAUGUAGCGUAGGGUUGGAGAAGACAAAAUGAAAUCGACUUGAUAAUUCCAUAUCUCCAUGGCAAUGAAAUGACAUGAAUGAUUCGCAUUUACACGCCCAUACAGAUCUUGUAAAAAUUUUAAACAGACAGACCGAUCAGCCUUCCAUCUAAGAAUGAUUUUUUUUUAUCAACUUACCUAGUACUUAGCAUCAUCAAAAUAUAAGGUUUUUCUUAUUCUUCGAUGUCCGUAAUAGAGAUGAUGAUUUUGCACAUCAUGAUAACUUUAUUUUGUUAAAUGGAGAAUGAAAAGUGUACGAGGUUGCAUGGAGAAUGAUGAAAUCAAAGACCUGAAAGAAGAAUUCUUCUUGAAAUAUAAGUAAUAUCGCAUAAUCAUUUUAGUUGUGUAAAUGGUUAUAUCUCUGGCGGACCAUCCCCUUAUACUGCACACCCCUUAGAAAAUGAUUAUGAUAAUUCUCAUAUAUCUGAAUAACUUUGUCAAUAGGUUUGCUAGUGGCGGUAUUUAGAUAUUAGUCUUAUAACUAUAUAGCAUUGUAAUUUCUGUUUCGUUGAACACUAGAAUAAUGUUUUUGAUACGCAUUUUGAUAUUCAUUCAUAUCGCAUGUAGGUCAAAUACUUUAUCGUACCUUGUCCGAAUGAUGUUUGCGAUGUAAUAGUCAGUGGACGCCAGUCAGAUCUAGCAUCUUCGUCAUCAUCACCAUGAUCAUGAUUAUUAGUAAUAAAUCUGAUUUAUACAACGUACAGUAAUAAGGUUGAACUGUGUAAUGAGGAGGACAAGGAUGAUGAUGAUGAUGAAGAUGAUGAUGGUGAUGGUGGUAAUGAUUAAUGAUGAUGGUGAUGAUGGUGAUGAUGAUGGUGGUGGUGGUGGUAGUGGUGAUGUUAAUUAGAACGAUAGAGGAGGAUAACGGUGACAGUGAUGGUGAUUUGUGGUGUUGGUGAUUGUGAUGAUAAUUCUAUCAACUCUGACAACUUUUUCUACGUUGAAUUCGGUAUUCAAUCAAGCUCUAAAUACUUCAGUUCAUUUAGUUUUCAAAUAUCUGCAGACAUUUUUUUUGGUCAAAAUAGAAUAAUUCUUAUUAUUAUAUAUAUUUAUCCCAUACUUUAUUUAUCAUUUCAAUAGAAAAUUCAAAGGGAUAUAAACUUUUAAAAAUGCAAUAUUACGAUGGAUAUUCCACAAACCUGAAAAAGAUCGGAAAUCCAUUC